AUGGCACGCAUUCAACUGUUCAGUGAUGACGGACUGGAGGAACUUGAAAGGACAGUAGAUCCUGGCACCACAUCAUCGGUCUUUUCAAAUCUUCGCCCCGACACAAUAUACACAAUGAUUGUCGUAUCAGAUGAUGCAGUUGUUUCUUCAGAUACCCGAAAGACAAAUCUUCUUGAUGGAAUUUCUGCAACCAUGGUCACUUCCGACUCAGUUCAACUGACAUGGAACGUAGUGGGAACGGCAACGUCUUACGAAAUUUCAUUCAUAAGUCAGGAUACGACGACUGCAGAACUUAACACGUCUAUCUCGGCGGGUCAGUCUAUGGCCUUAGUUCAGAAUCUACAACCUCAGACGCUGUACACCUUCUCUAUUGUUGCUGUCAUUGGGACAACACGAAAUAAUGUUGGUAGUGUGACUACUGCCACAGAAAACGCAAAUGAAUCUCCCGUCUUGAGCAACUGCCCAAAUGACACAGCCGCCGUACUGCCAGAUACAUCAUCGUUCGUGUCUGUGACGUGGACACCACCAACUGCAACAGAUGAUGAUGGGACGCCUACAGUGUCUUCAACUCAUCAACAAGGCAGUCUGUUUGAAUAUGGGCUAACAUAUGUUACAUACACAGCUGUGGAUACUGAGGCUCUCACUGCCAAUUGCUCGUUCACUGUCAAUGUGACAGAUACAACACUUCCGGUUAUCAACAAUUGCCCAGGAACAGUACCUGCCCUGUUAAUACCAGGUGACAGUUUGGUUGAGGUGUUGUGGACUGUGCCAACGGAAGGAGACAAUUCAGGAUUCGUCACUUUAAUGUCAACACACAGCCCUGGUGCAGCAUUUCCUCUCGGAGACACACCAGUUACCUACACCGCUGUGGACGCAGCAGGGAAUACCAUGGCAUGCAUCUUCAACGUAUCGGUAACCCCAGCCCGAUCAGUCCUCUUCGCGAUUAAUCUCGAGGUUCAAGAAACCCUAUCUCCACCAUCGCAAGAAGAGCGAUUCCUGCUCGAGCAAGGCAUCGAUGCAUUAUGGUCUGACGCCGUGAAUAAAUAG